UUGUUCGGGUACGCGCGUCCUUCAGUGUUGGCGGGUGUUUGUAGACUGCUCCACGGCAGAUCCCCCUCAGCUGACCACAGAGAUACUCUUUUGUGUCCCAGAUACUCUUUUUAUUUAGAAAAUGUCUGAGUGGACCAGAGAUAGACGACGUGAUGCUCACCGCAGCCAACAUGACGAGAGGUGUAGGAGGAGUGGUCCGUCUCAGUGGUCCCACUGCAGGAAGAGAGGGAUCGAUGGAAGUCUGCGGGCCAACAGAGAGGCAGAAGGUUGUGACCGGGAAAAUGGUAGACACACUGACAACAGCUACAGACACUCUGACAACAGACAUUCCAGUUUCACCACUCCAGAAAGUGCAGGCCCAGUGUCCCGCUGUGGCAGACAGGCUGACUGGGGCAGUCAGGUGGAGGAUGAUGAGAUGAGGAGGGGUGUACACAGAGACAUGCAGCGUUACAGGAGGAGGAUACUGGGUGCAGAGGUCACUCAGAGAGAGAGAAAGACCUCCUCUGGCUCUUCUGGAAGCUGUGACUCCAGAGAGGGAGAGAACAUUGAGACUGAUGAGGCUGUGUUGCUACGGCGACAGAAACAGAUCAACUAUGGCAAGAACACACUGGCCUAUGACCGAUACAUCAAAGAAGUUCCAAAACACAUGCGUCAGCCGGGUGUACACCCAAAGACUCCCAAUAAGUUCAGGAAGUACAGCCGUCGCUCGUGGGAUCAGCAGAUCAAACUGUGGAAGGUCAAACUGCAUGCCUGGGACCCCCCAACAGAGGAUGGCCGAGAUAACCUACUUGAUAACAUUGAGGAGCUGGGUCUGGAUGAUGUAAUGGACAUUGAGCUGGAUUUCCCAACCCUGUCAGACUCCCAGAAUGCCCCAGCUGCUCUCAGCACACACAGCCUUUCACUGGAGGGUGAGGACUGUUUGGGGACUCCAGUUAAAAUACAGAAGACAGAAACCACAGCAGAGUCUGACACGGUGUAGCUCAUCAUCUGCCUUCUCCUGGAAAAAAUGCAACACGCUCGGACACACAUCUCACCCGUUUCCCUGCAACACUUUGACCUCUCACAGCCCAUCAUGUUACCCAGAAUGACUCUGUUCCAGGUGCCAGCUGCUCCAUCUACUGGACGCAGUGUCACAUCUGCACGGCUCUACAGUGCCGUGUCUGUCUCAGCUGGUUUAUUAGUUCAACACUGUGUUCUUUUAGUGCUUCUUAACCCAUGUGUUGGGACCUUUUACAGAUUAUUAAUCUGCUCAGGGAGUCUUCUUUUACCACAUGAUUUUGCAGUUGCAUAUCAAAUCAAGCUUCACUCAGUAAAUGGUCUAGGAUUCUGUCAUCACAACAAUACUUGUAGUACUAAUCUCUGGCCUGGUUCAGCAGUCAUCCAGUUCUGUUGAUGUCCGUUAGGUACAAAUGUUAAAACACACCCUGAUUGUACUUGGUAAAUAUAAAGCAAGAAUACAUGGAUAUAGACUGAUGAACUGAAUUCCAAGGUUUAAAGGAGAUGGCAAACCAAAGGCAAGCUUUUUUCCUUUUAAUGAUUCAUAUUGACUUUUUUCAUGUACAAUUUUAAAUAGUGAACAGCAUUACUUUAGUUAUAUGGGGCUGUGAUUUGUUUUUACCUUGGUUAUUUUUUUAAUACAAAUGUUAAUGUGUUUCUUAUUGCUGUUUCCUUCAUGGUGAAGACUUUGAAAUAAUAAUAAAAAAACAAACAAGCUCGAA